AUGAUUUAUCCGCUAUUCCACGCCUCCAUCAACACUACAGUUGAGGGCCAAUACGGUUCACCCAAAGUUCAUGUAAAAACCUCGGACCGUUCGCCUCUCUCACCCUUUCAGCGAAAGAGUCCGGGCGUUUUAUCAGCCAAUCAACUACUCCAGCUGGUAGUCACCUUCCAGUCCAGCUCUACGGACUCGGUUGCCUUGCUGCAAGCCCUAGGCGUUAUUGUUCAGCGUCACAUAUACACACUUGAAGCCCUUCUCGGCCUAGUUGAUCGUGUCUCCUCCUCUUUGAAGACCUUUGCAGUAAAAUUAUCUGCCAUGCCCACUCUUCCCGAGGCGUCUUCGAUUAUUGCUGCUUUUGAGGCCUUCACCAUCCUCCUUUGGCAACAAACGGAGGCUUAUCUGCGGAAGCCAGGAUCGACGGUCUCUCUAACCGACCUGGGCGUCGGUGGUGUUCCAGUGCUAAAGUUUUCCGCCAAUCAGGCGCAUCGACUUGUACGCUUCUUCGAGUCGGCUAUUGUGAUGGCUGCUCUCCGUCCCAAAAGUGGUGCUACUGGCAGUCGAUCAGGUGGCCGAAAGAAGUCACACGACCGUAAGCGUUGUAUUGCGAUGACCUCUACGCUGCGAUAA